CAGAGAAUCAACCAAUAGUUACGAAGUAUUACAGAAGUGCGCAUUUCGAAAUUAUACGUAACUUGUGCGCAAACAUAUGCUCCGCCCACGUGCUCUUACUUCUGCUUUACGAAAGAUGAAUACUGGCGGGAUACAAUCAGUUAUGCUUUUUAAUCCUGAAGGUGUUCUUCUUGCUUACACGAGCCUUGCUGGCGAUAGUGAACGAUCCAAAGCCGCAAUUGCAGCUAAUGUUUGGAAUAUAUAUCAGCGCCAGCUCGAGUCCAGUGAAUCGGAUACUGUUCAGGAAAUAAUCUUACAACUAACUGAAGGCAGACUAAUAAUUACACGUGUAGCAUCAGUUCUUCUUUGCCUACAUGCUUCCAAAGAUGUUGGUUUGGGAAUGUUACGAGCUAAAAUGAAUGCUCUAGUACAAAAUUUACAAGAACCAUUGAGUAUUAUUGCAGCUUCUUGAAGUUUUUUUUUCAACUGAUUUGCAUAAUAAUUUCAUUAACUUCCAUGAUAACUGAUUUAAUUUAUCAUGCAAACAAUUGUUUUCUUUUGAGACUUUUGUAAAUAUACACUUAUUAUUCAAUA